AAUGUGCAAAGGAUACAUUCCUCAGACGGGUGAACCCAAGAGGAAAGACGAACCGAUAAUACACCUACAUUUUUCACCAUUACAGUACUCUUUUGUGAAUUAAAACAGGGAGUGUGGACAUUAGUUGGUCAAUUAUACGGGAUAGACUGUCAGAGACAAGCCAUACAGCAAACCAAUCACGAUGAGUGAAGAUAUCAGGUAUAUCGUAGGAGAGCUCAACAAGGAGCCAUAUAAUCGCAACUACAACCUUAUCAGCUUCGAUUCUCUUCAGCCAGAACAGUUGAUACAAGUCCUUAAUGAUGUGUUUGCGGAGAUUGAUUCCAAAAACCGCCUUGACAUUCGUGAGGAGGAGCCAGAACAAAUGGCCAUCAGAAUGCUGGGGAUGCUUCGUAUUUUGAAGUAUAAACCUCCAGACGACAACAUGAGCAAUUUCCGUCAAGGACUGGUGUCAGGAAACAAACAUGUUAUCUACCCAAUUUUGUACUGGCUUCUUCAGCGAAUGGACGAGCUGAAAAAACGAGCUUAUCUGGCAAAAUAUCUGGUUAAGCUAGAUAUUCCUGCUGAGAUUCUUGGUGAUGCUGAUAUUGCUGAUAUUCAUAUUAAGUAUGAAGAUCUUAUUGAGCAAUUCAAGACCAUCCAUCGUGAAUAUGAAGGUCUCAGAAACAGUGGCUUUUCUACACAUGAACUUCGACGAGACAUCUCAGCAAUGGAAGAGGAAAAAGAUCUGGUUAUGCGAAGGAUUGAGAGAAUGAAGCAGAGGGUUGAAGGAACUCCAAACAGUGAAGAAAUGCUCCAUUCAGCGAGGGCAUUGCGUAAAGAAAGGGAGAAGCAAAAGGAGAUGGCUCAGCAAGGCAUAGACCUCAAAGAUUCUACCCAGCUUUUAGAACAAAGGAUCAUGCGACUUCAGAAUCAGUUGAAGGAUAUUAGAAAGGCUGGGAUGGGGACAACUCCAGAAGGUUUGCUGCAGAGGCUAGAAGAAGAUGUAAAUGUAAAUAGCUACAUUGUGAAUGACAAGCUACCAAAAGAAGUUGCUGCAAAACAGAGAAUUGUUUCUACGCUUCAGAGGGUUGCAGCACAGCCAGCAAUGGGUCAGCAGGAGCUAGAUGCUGUGAAUAAGCAGAUACGUUCACUAACAACAGAGAUCAAUAACUUGAAUGAAGCUCGCAUGAAGGAGGUUGAAGAAGAUGAUAGUCCUGAGGGCAAGGUUGGAAAAUUGUCAUUCUUCCGACAAAAUGCAGCAAUUAUUGGACGGAAAAAGGAGCAAACAGCAGAACGAAUGAAUGAAUUGCGAAAUGAACUGGGAAAUUUGCAGGAUGACAUGAGGGACAAACAAGAGCAGCUUAAGCAAUACUCGGGUGAACAGGUUCUACGAGGUGAUGAAUUCAAACGAUAUGUAAAUAAAUUACGUGGGAAAAGCUCAGUUUAUAAGAUGAAAAGAGCAGAACUAAGUGAACUGAGAGCUGAAUUUGGUGUCCUGAGUAGGACAGAGGAAAUAUUGAAAGCCAAGGAUGCACAAAUAAUGGAGCAACUUAGUGCUAUGGAGGCACGCAUGGGUGUAACAGGCUUCCAUGAGACCCAAGAGAACUUGGAGAAGGUGUCUUCUGUUAAAGCAGAAGUUGAUAGCCGUAAAGGGAAGACUCUUGAGGAAAUGUCUGCAAUGGUGAUGGAACUGAACCAUAAAAUUGCAGAAAGAAAGGGCCGCUUAGCUCCAAUUAUCAAAGAACUGAGACCACUGAGGCAAAAAGCACAAGACCUUACUGUUCGAUAUAAUGAAAAAAAACACACCUUCGACUCGGUGGCUGCUGGUUUGGAUAGUAAUAUAGGAAAAUUGGAACAGGAAGUCAAGACCCUAAAAGAUGAAAUCAUAACAUCCCAGACUAAAUAUCAUGUGUUAUUGGCUGAACGGGAUGUCCUAGCAUAUAAACAGCAACAGGCUAGUGAUGAAAUAAAAUUAUACCUGUCGAAUGAUCCUCAGGACAAGAAAAAAUCACUCAGAGAACAGUUGAUGGGGCAUAUUAACGAACAAGAGAAGCUUGGUCGUACACUGAGGGAAGAGCAGAAAGCAGUAAAAGAUUUAGUUCAGAAUUCUGCAAAGCAGCUUGCAAUGUGGCAGGAUGUUAUACAGCUAAUGGAGGUGAAGAAGACCUGUUUGGAUGCUGCAAGAAACAGUGGAAACCUUACUAGAAAUAGUGGUGGUGAAGCUUUGGUGCUGUAAACUUGCCUGUUUAGAUUAUUUAUUGUUGGUUUAUUUUAGGCUGAGAUUUACCCCUUAUGUUUAGAGGCAGAGUACAGCCAGAAACAGGAGUUCAGCUUCACUUAACUUCACCAUAUAGUACUGUUUGCACAAAAAAACAACAAAAUAUUCUUAAUUGAGUAUUAUUAAUGCACCAAUUUUACAUAUUGAUAGGUUUUGAAUGUCAAAGGAAUAGUUGAUUCAAAACACCAUAUAGAUAGAAGCUACUAAAACCUAUGUACACAAUUUGUUAGUAAAUGUACAAAGACAAAUUAAAUACAAAGUCAAAUGAAAUUGAUAUAUAUUGUGAUUUCCAGUCCAAAUUUGCUAAACUACCAAGCUGUAAAGUGAUGUCAGAACUUAAUAUAUAGCAAGCAAGCUUGUAUGGUCUUCUACAUUUUAGAAGCAGAAAAAACAGAGACAGAGUAGAACAGUUUCAUGUGAAAUAAGGACAUACCAGUCUUUGUAUGAAGUUGAACGCAUGACUGCCAUAUGUGGUACAUUUUUGUGAUAAAUGUUAUUUCAAACAUUUGAGGAAUGUUGGAGGCAAAUCUUAACCAUACACAUCUGUUAAAACUUCUUUAGCUUCUCUUCGUAGAGUUGGCACACUUGCAUUAUAGUUAUGAAGAGGGAUUUCAAAUCUUUAAAUAAAUGUAUAUUCUUUUAGAUAGGAUAAGACCAGAAGUUUUGUAGUAUAUCUAAAUAUAAAUUUCUAGUGUGGCCUUCAUUAGGGGAGAAUAUUUAUUCCUCUUACAUUCACUUACUUUCUACUACAGAUUGCAUUAAUGUAAGUUUUAAAUGGAAGUUAUGAUUUUUUUCCUUUGAUUUAUAUUUAGUUACCCUUCAUAAUGUCAUAUGAAUUUUACCUACUAGUGGGUAUGACCUAAGAAAUGUUGUUUUUUAUUUUUGUUAUAUAUAUAUAUCUUUUAACAA